CUGAGAGGAGGCAGGCCGGUGAUUUUCCACUGCCGCUGAUGUCUCUUGGUCCCCCAGUUUUAAGAGACAAAGGUCAGGAAGAGAAGCUUAUAAAUAGGCCAAAAUAUAGGCUUCCGACGCGUCCAGCCUUCAGUUGCUCACACGACACGAGAGGACACGGACAAGACGAAACAGACAAGGGACCACGCGCAAAGGACGUUAAAAGGACAAAAUAAUAUCAAGAAUCACAUCAGCGUAGCAGAAUGGCUCAAAAAGAGAAACUUCAGUGCCUGAAGGACUUUCAUAAGGACACUCUGAAGCCAUCUCCUGGUAAGAGCCCUGGUACUCGGCCUGAAGAUGAGGCAGAGGGCAAACACCCCCAGCGGGAGAAGUGGGCCAGCAAGUUGGACUUUGUUCUGUCUGUUGCUGGCGGCUUUGUUGGUUUAGGGAACGUGUGGCGUUUCCCGUACCUCUGCUAUAAAAAUGGUGGAGGUGCGUUUCUCAUCCCCUACUUCAUUUUCCUGUUUGGCGGAGGUCUGCCAGUCUUCUUCCUGGAGGUAGCCCUAGGUCAGUUCACCUCUGAGGGUGGCAUCACCUGCUGGGAGAAGCUCUGUCCCAUCUUUACUGGUAUUGGUUAUGCCUCCAUUGUGAUUGUGUCCCUGCUGAAUAUCUACUACAUCGUCAUCCUGGCCUGGGGUCUUUACUAUCUGUUCCAGUGUUUUCAGCCGGAGCUACCUUGGGCCAAGUGCAAGCAGCCGUGGAACACUGAUCACUGCAUCGAGGACACAUAUCGCAUGAACAAAACCCUGUGGUCGGCUGCCAACGCCUCCACCCUCGCCUCCAACUUCACCUCCCCCGUCACCUCCCCCGUCACCGAGUUCUGGGAACAUAAUGUACUGGCCAUCACUGGUGGAAUUGAGGAUAUUGGCCCUGUUAAAUGGGACCUGGCAUUGUGUUUGUUGCUCGUCUGGGUCAUCUGCUUCUUUUGCAUCUGGAAAGGCGUCAAAUCCACUGGAAAGGUGGUCUACAUAACAGCCACUUUCCCGUUUGUCAUGCUCAUUGUGUUGUUGAUCCGUGGUGUGACACUGCCAGGUGCUUCUGAGGGCAUCAAGUUCUACCUGUAUCCUGACCUCAAUCGUCUGAAGGACCCAGAGGUGUGGAUUGAUGCCGGCACUCAGAUCUUCUUCUCCUAUGCCAUCUGUUUGGGCGCCAUGACGUCCUUGGGGAGCUACAACAAGUACAAAUACAACUGCUACAGGGACUGUUUGCUGCUGGGAGCCCUCAACAGUGGUACCAGUUUUGUGUCUGGCUUCGCAAUAUUUUCCGUCCUGGGCUUCAUGGCACAAGAGCAAGGGGUGGACAUUGCUGAUGUGGCAGAGUCAGGUCCAGGCCUGGCUUUCAUUGCCUACCCCAAGGCUGUUACCAUGAUGCCUUUUCCUACACUCUGGGCAAUCCUCUUCUUCAUUAUGCUGCUGCUGCUUGGCCUCGACAGUCAGUUUGUGGAGGUGGAAGGGCAGAUCACAUCACUGGUGGAUCUGUAUCCGUCCUUCCUAAGGAAGGGUUACCGCAGAGAGGUCUUCAUCGCUGUCAUCUGCUGCAUCAGCUACCUGUUUGGACUCACUAUGGUCACCAAGGGUGGCAUGUAUGUUUUCCAGCUGUUCGACUACUAUGCAGCUAGCGGUGUGUGCCUUCUGUGGGUGGCAUUCUUUGAAUGUAUAGCUGUUGCCUGGGUAUAUGGCGUUGAUAAUUUUUAUGAUGCGAUUGAGGACAUGAUUGGCUACAGACCAAAUCCUUGGAUGAAAUGGAGCUGGACUGUUGUCACUCCUUUACUGUGCAUGGGCUGCUUUAUCUUCUCAUUGGUCAAAUACAAGCCGUUGACGUACAACAAGGUGUAUCAGUACCCUGAUUGGGCCAUUGGAGUAGGCUGGACCCUGGCCUUGGCCUCCAUGAUCUGCAUCCCCAUGGUGGUUGUCAUUAAGAUCAUCCGAUCUGAUGGGCCACUUAUUGAGAGGAUUAAGGCAGUGGCAGCCCCAGUUCGUGGCGGGGCCAGCUCCCGCCCCGCAGACCACCGUGGCCCUAAGGAUCUCUCCUACCCGCUGGACCCCAACGGGAACAAGGGCCUUCUGAUGAAAGCUCCCACCCACACCAUCGUAGAAACCAUGAUGUAAAGGAGUGAGGCGGAGGCUCUCCAUGAGAUCGCUCUCCUCUCCUCUCCUGUCCUCUAAAAUGCUUCUAAAGCUAGUUAGCUUUAUGUCUGUAUGUCUGUGUCUCUCUCUGGUGGACUGAUAAGGGUUUUAAGGAAAAAAAAAAAGUUCACAUUUCAAAUCUUUUAGGAAUACUUCAGAGGUAGUUUGUUGUUGGUGGUGCUCUGAAGAGGGCAGCGAUCACAUUUCAAAUCUGUUUUUAAAUAACUUGCAGGCUGUUUUUAUAUUUCUGUCUCUCUUCCUAUUUAUAAUUUUCAUGUGAGUUAACGUCCCUCAGUUCGGUAAAUUGGCAUUGGCCUCCGGUCAAACGCUGGCAGGUGCCUGUCGUUUCACCAGCUACUUUUUCAGAAAAUUAUUAUUAUUAUUAUUAUUUUAUUAUUAUUUUUUAAGAAAAAAACAGUAAAAGAAAACAGUAAAACUUUUUUUUUUUUCAUCCUUUUUUUUCUGUGUAGCUGCAACAUGAAAACAGGUUUUUGGGAAUGCACUUUGAAGCAGGAGCAUAUACCUGUGCCAUAGGGUUCAGCAUUGGCUGCUUGACAGAGCUCAGUAGAGGCGCUGUUGUUUUACUUUCACUAUUUCCCUGUUUAGUUAUCUGAAAUUCCAAAGUGUUAUUUCGGCCGCACUAAGACGUCUUUUGUGAGACCUGACCAAAUGAAAUGCCUUAAAACUUGAAACAUUUACCAAUGAUACAAAUCUUAUGUCCGGUACAUUGAUAUUAAUCUGGCCAAAUGUAACUCUGGUGUUAGGCUGAUGGAUAAAAUAGACGAGCCGAAACUUGAAAUUUGCAAUCCUGCAGCGACCACAGAUAAAUGCUCCUCACUGCCACCUUUUCGUCCCCUGACUGUCAUUAAUCAGCCAGACUGGUAACAAUGAUGGUGCUGAAAAUUUACAAAACAUAUUUCAUCGACAGUAGAAUCAGAAUAAUCUGUCAACAUCCUCAUCUAACCAGAAUCCUGGUUCCUGAAUGCACCUUAGCACAAAAUAUUCCCGUCUUCUCUAAUCACAAUCUGGUCAAAGAGAAAACUAGCACUAAGACGAUGUCGGGGAGACCCGAUCCUGCACAACGAGAGGUAUCUGAAAGGAUUUGAAGUGUGGAGGUUGAACCCUUGAGUGUUUUGUCUGUGGCGUACUGUACAGUAGUAGCUAUCAGUCUAUCUAUAUCUAUCUCUUUAUCUUUCUCUGACCUAGACCAGUUUACAGUACAUCCGUGACUGCACUAGGCACUCUUUGCUUAAAGUUUUGGAUUGAAUUUUUAUUUUUUAUUUUUUUUCUGCAGAGGAAGUCACAUUAUUAAUAUUAGUUUUUCUUUUUCCUCUGUUGGUGUUUAGAUUUUUUAUUAUUGUUAUUGGUAUCAUUGUUGAAUUGCUGUAGUUUUACAUAGAAGAAGGAACACUUAUUUCAUCUGGUGAAAAUACUAAGCUAUUAUACAAAUCACACAUUUGCAGUGGCAGCCAUUGGAGUCCAGCCUCCAUCAUGCAUUUCUUCAUUCUUGGUCAGACUGUUGUUAUCAGCAUCACUCAAAUUUAUUUCUCCUGGUAUAUUCACUGAAAAGGGGUGUGGGCCAAUUUUUCAGUGAGCAGUUUUAUAUACAGCCAACAGAAAAUUAGGAUUCUACAAUGGCUGCAUGUGUUGGGGAGUUUAUAGCUUUUCCUCUUCUGUAAAUAAAAUAAUUUGGACAAAUUCAGCCAAACAGGGUACUUGAGCCAGCUGCCAACUAACUGUCCACUCAUCUGACUGUCAGACUGCUUUUUUAGACACUGUGAAAUGUGGCAGCUGGCUGCAGACACAUCAGGCAGGGACUGAAAGAGUUUGUUCCUUUCCACAAGUUAUCAUGUUGCCUGUCUUCUUUUAAAAUUAGCCCAUAAAAAGAGCUUGAUUUUCAAUGACUGCUCUGCAGGUUCAGCAUGUAGUACUGGACAGAUGAUUGGCUGUCAGAACAUAAGGAAAUAAAUUUUAAAGUUUAAUUACACCCAUCCAAAACCAAAGAAAAACAAAGCAGAAGUAAAUGUUAUGCAAAGCAUAUACUGUCAUUUUCCCUGAUCUGUACUUUUUGGAUUGGACAUUUCAUACAUUUUGCAGCAAAUUCUGACAUAUCGACAUCAGUCGGGAGGUAGACAUGAUGUAGCAUCCAGGCUAUGUUCAGUUUUGAUGUGGUAUGAAAAUAUACCCUGCAACGUGUUACUGCAGUCCCAUUUCUGGCUGAGUAUUUUUUUAUUUUUAUUUUUUUUAGCAGUCAUGACAAAACUACAUUACAUUCAUACCAGUAAUAAGGGGCCAUAAUACUGAUGAUGUGAGUGGUUAACAACUGAGAGCAGAUUAUGCAAUAGGUUGUUGUUGUAAUCAUUUUAGUGUGUCUGUAAUAAGGGGUUUCUCUAUGUGUAGUUUCACCAGCGACCAUCCGCUCAGGACUUUCCCUGUGCUGCUUUUGAGUGCUGCAAAGCUGCAUCAAACCAGUGUCCAAAAAAAUUUACUAAGCUAUGGAUGACAAAGACAGAACGGAUGUUUUAUUCUGCUGUGAAAGCCAUUUGGUUAAUUCACCACAGAAUGGAAAAACAGUUUGUUCACAAAGGAAAAAUAUACAAAGAGAGUCAAUGUGAGAUUGUUUUUUAUUUUUAAUUUUUUGCACUUUGUUCAUUAAAUCUGGAUUUCAUGUCAUAUCAAAUGAGGCCAAAAAGUAUAUAAAAAAAAAAAGAUUAACUUCUGCUGAUAGAAUUGGGGUCCUUGAAGACCUUUUGUGUAAAUAUCAGUGUAUUGUCAAACACAUUCAAAUAGAUCAGGAUUCAUCUAUGAAGUUAUAGAAGACACACAAUUUGCAGGAAUUUGACCAACAACUUCUCCUCGUGAGUGACAUUGAGACCAGGACCUCAUUUAACAUUUCAGCUUCAAUCAUUUUUCUGUUUCAUUUCUUCAACUAGAAAGAAGUAGUUAUAUCAUUAAAAGGAGUUUGGGAAACCAAAUCCACCUCAGACAUAUAUUUUCAUACAACUUUUCCUAUACGAAUCGUCUUUGUACAGCUAAGCUGCCAUUUAAACGCAGAUACAAAGCUUCAUUUUAUUUAACUUUUGUACAGAUCUGGUUCUUGGUUCCUCUGAAGGGUCUUUGCACAAAAGUAAAAGAUAUAAACAUUAAAAGAUAAACUUUUUACAUAAUUCUGUUAAGACAGUUCUACAUUUCUGAAUUGUUAUGGAGAUUUCUCAUUUCAAAGACACAAACACAACUUAUCUUUUUAGGAAAGUGGAUAUAAUGGUUUUUUUUUUUAAGUUAGUAGCAUUGCUGAUAAAAAACAAAAAUCAAAGAGUGGAAUCUUAAAACCUUUUUUAGUGCAAAGAUUCUUCUGUUUGGAGGAAAGCACAGACCAGAGAUAACAAUGCAGUCAUUUAUUGGUUUAUUCUGCCUCUCGGUGUGUAUUUACAGUAUGUACCAGCCCCUCUGCCUUCUUACACUCCCAUCAGUUAGCGUACGUAAACCUUCUCUUGACCUAAGCUAACCGAUUUUUCUCAGAGAUAAUGAAUUUGCAAGAGAAGCAAAGCAUUAGCGAUGCACAAGUUUUUACCGCCGAAUGUUAAAAUGUGAACAUCACCUGCGGGUGAAUGUAAAAGUUUCUGAAGAUUCAUUUUUUAGCUUUCAAUAAAAAGAAAUUUAACUUUUUAUUUUUAUUGAUUUUAUUUUAAAUUCAGCAUUUUUUUUUAUUUUUUUUGAGGGGGGGGGGGGUUCCUUUUAAUUGUGUCUGUCACAUUUGCCUUUUGUAUUCCAAACAUGGUGAAUUUGAAGCCUCUGUCAUUGAAUUGACAUGUAAAAUCUUAACAAAAAAAAGAAAUAUUUAUGUGCAAUAUGUUGGAAAAAAGAAAAAAAAACUUUUUUCAUUCUGUCUUUCAAAGAUGUGGUACUAACUUUUAAACUGAAGAAACCAACCUGUAAAUCCUUAAAGACUGAACGUUUCAGGGUCCAAGUUAUUCAAACCCACCACAAAAUGGUCCAUAAUGUGGAAACCAAACCACUGUUUUAUCAAAGAUUGUGGGAUUGAAAUGCACUGAAAAUUAAUUUAUCAACCUGAAGCUUUUAUUUUUUUUUAUUU